AAUAAAUAAAUUAUCAUUAUUAUAUAAUCAUUCAUUAAAUUAUCAAAAUUUAGAUAUGAAUUUAACAAAUAUUUGUGAAUCAUUUUUAAAUAUAGAACCAAAUCAAUUAGUUGCUAAGCAAUAUGAAAAUUAUUCAACAAAACAACAUUUAUUAUAUUCAUGGAAAUCAAUAAAUGAUUGUAAAUUAUUUCGUAAAUCAUUUCAAUAUUUAUUAUGGAUAAAUAAAGAAGAAUUAAAUUAUCCAAUUGGAUUUGCAUUUACAGUUUAUGAAAAUAUAGAUCGUAUAGCACGUUUAUUACGUUUAUUAUAUAGACCAUAUAAUUUAUAUUGUAUACAUGUUGAUCGUAAUACAUCAAAUGAAUUUUAUCAAUCUAUAAUUGAUUUAGCUAAAUGUUUUGGUAAUAAUAUUGAAAUAAUUAAACGUUCACAUAGUGUUUCAGUAAAAUGGGGUUAUUUUUCUGUAUUAGAUUCAUUUCUUAAAUGUACACAAAUUAUGUUAAAUAAUAAAAAAAUUCAAUGGAAAUAUGUUAUGAAUAUUAAUGGAAAAGAAUUACCAUUACGUACUAAUUGGGAAUUAAUUAAAGCAUUGAAAGCAUUGAAUGGAGCUAAUAUUAUUGGAUGUACAAUAAAAAAUGGACCAAAGAAAAGAAUUCCACAUAGAAAACCAUCAUUCAAUGUUACAUGGAUAAAAGGAAGCUUUUUAGUUGCAUUACGUAGAGAAUUUGUCAGUUAUGUACAUAUGAAUCCCAAUUCUAUUGAAUUAUUAAAUAUUCUCAGAGAAGAACAACAUUUAAUGAAAAUACCAGAUGAAAUGUUUUUCAGUACAUUAGCUUAUAAUCCACAAUUACUUGCCCCUGGUGCUUGUAAAAAAUUUUAUCCACCUAAUGAAAAUGAUAAUCAAUCAACUUUCGUAUCACGCUUCGUUAUUUGGAAACCCAAAAGAUGUGCUACCGGGAAAAGAUAUCAUACAAUAUGUAUGUUAGGUGUACAACAUUUAUACAAUUUAACAAAACGUCAAGAAUUUUUUGCCAAUAAAUUUUAUAAUGGUUUUUAUGAUGCAGCGUAUGAUUGUCUUGAAUAUUGGAUAUUGAAGAAAAUGAAGAACGAACGUUUAACGGGUAGAUUAGAUCCAACAUUUAAUCCUCAAUUCUAUGCUGAUCUACAUUGUUCAAAAAACCAUAUAUAAUACUUUCGAGUUAUGUUACUCUAUUAUAUUAUUUGUGUAUUUGUUUGAAAAAUCUGUGAACUUUCAGUUUUUUUAUAGCACCAUUCUUUGUUUAAAAUAUCACUUGCGAUUUGAAAUACAGAAAGUACAAUAUAAUCCACACCAAGUAUCACUUAGCGCCCUUACUUGGACAUGUCUUCUAAUUAUUUGAAAUUUCUGUCCUCUAUAUGUUGAAAAUUCACCCAUUUGUGCAUUGUUCCAAGUGCUAUUGUACUGAACAGUAUAUUAUUCUUGAAUGUAUUCUAUUCAAUUCUAGUUUUGAAAGUGAUUUUAUCACAAUUUGAUGGUAAAAGUAAAUGAUCUAAAUUGCAUUCAGAAACAAUGGAUUUUAUUAUUUUCGUAAGUUUGAAAUACUACGUAAUUGAAAACCACUUAUGAUGACAAUCUGUGUGUAAAUGGUCACAGGAAAUAUGUACUUACUGUACGAUAAAAUUUACAGGCAUAUGAUACAGUGACUUAUGUCAUGACAAUACAAGAGAACAUACCUUCCAUUCAAACUGUGUGUUCAUAAAACGCUGGUAGACUACGGCUUUGAAAAAAAACAAAGAAAAACAAGAGAUAAUUACUUUUGGCGACAUGUUGCUUUCUCUCUAUACUUCCUAGUUUAUUGACUAAGUUUUAAUUAUUGUUUUGUAAAACAUCAUUGAAAUAAAAUUCAAAAAGGCUGA